UUGUAAUGUGCUUAACCUGUGAGAGAAUAAAUAAAAAAUAAUAAAUUUACCAAGUUUGGAUGUAUUACAAGACUUAAAGAAUAUAUUUUAUUUUGCAACAAAGACAUAAAUAUUCUUGGGACAUGGGUUCAUCACAGGAAGACAUAACAGAUGAUGAAUUCGACGUAGAAGAAGCCAGUCGAGAUCCUACUGUUGUGCUGCAAAGACUGAAAGAAUUUUCAUUUUAUCUCGUAGAAAAUAUUGAAUUUAAUCUAGAUUUCUGCCUUAAAUUAUUAGAAGAACGAACAGUUCCUGCCAAACCAAAUAGUAUGCAUGUCACUGCCCUUAGUAUGCUUUGUUCUGCAAUACCAAAGAUAGGAGGUGGAUUGGGAAGUGCCUUAAAAACGGGUGAGGUAACGUUGUUCAGAAAAAUAGAGAAGAAGAACUCAAGACUACUUGCUGAUCUCGUUUACUACUUUAGCGACAAUAAGCAAGCUCUUAGAGAUACGGUGUUGGAAGCUGCAGCAGAAAUUUUUGCCAGUUUUGAAAAUAAGUUUAUGGAAUUUACAUGCAAAGGAGGUGAAAAACGAGCCAUGAUGAAAUUAGCCAUAGAUGCUUCUGACAGAAUAUUUAACUACUUUCUUAGCACUGAACAAAAGAGGGAUGUUACUAAAAAUGAAUUUAUUAGAGGUGUUCUAUAUGGUGACUCUAAACGAAACAGAGGUGGCAAAAAAGAAGGAAAAUCUGUUACAAAAAACGACAAUGCCAAACAAGAAAUUAAAAUAAAAACAGACAAGCUCUAUUCCAAGUCAGGAAUAUAUAUUCCUGUAAGAAACUUGUUUUACAAAAAUGAUCACACAAAACCAGAAAAGUAUGGAUACAGAAAACUAUUUUCGUGGGAAGACGAAACUGAAAUCAUGCAAACUUGGACUUUGGACAACUCCCUUGAAAAUCCUAUUUAUACAAUAAAUGUCACGGAUAAAUUAUUGCUAUCAAUUAAAGAGUACGUGAUGAGUAAAAAUCGUUUCGAAGAAGCCAUAUUGGCGAGACAAAAAUUGAGUGACGAAGCAAUGGAAGAUAGGCAACAAAAGCACGAAGCAGCAUUAACAAUGCUUAAAGAAUGUUAUGAUAACAUUAUAAAUGAAUUAGAAUAUAUACAGCAAAAGACACUUAACAUGUUUAAAGAAAGUACGACCUUAAUGGAAAAAGUAGUUGAAAAUCAAGAAGCAGACAAAGAAACUACAACAGUAAUAAUUACAAAACUAGAAAGUGCUCACAGUGAUAUUUUGGAUACCAAAGGAAAACAGGAAGACAUUUUAAAAUCAAACGAAGAUAUUAAAAAUAAUAUAGUUGCAAUAAUGACUAACCAAGAGGAAUUGGCUACCAGUACACUUAAACAUGAAGAUGUUGAAAGCAUUGUUAAUGAUAAAGUUAAGGAAGGUGCGAAAGAUGGCGUUAAAGAAUUCAUUAGUGAAACGUUAAGGGAAAAUGAUCCCGGUCCUAGAAUUAAACGAGAAGUGGAAAGAGGUUUGGACAGGACUAAAAAUGAAUUAAAAAGGGUCGAACGAAGAAUAAGAAAGUUUAAGUGGUAGUUAGAAAUUUAUACAAUGGUAAUUUAUUAUAUUAAACUUUAA